AUGAAAGUGAGCCGGGUCAUCUUGCUCAAAGAGCCUCGCAACGAUGAAGACGAGGAUCCUUACAUGCUGCUCUUCGCCAACGCCGGCUACGAGACCCGAUUCGUAGCUCCUCUGUGUGCGACGGCUGUCGAACAGACCCGUCUGCAAGAAUUGAUCGCCAAGGGACCAGCGACUCGCUUCUCUGGCGUCAUCUUCACCAGCAAGCGAGCAGUCUCGGCAUGGAACGAUGCCGCAAGCACUCUGCCAUGCCCUCCGACCUCGCGCUGGAGUGAGGUACCCUUCUUCGUCGUCGGGCCGUCGACCGGCGAGAUGCUGGCCUCGGUUCAUUGCAACGGCAGGCCAACGAGGAUCAUAGGCAGUCAGCGAUCAGGCACAGGCGCGCUGCUCGCAGACUUGAUCAUCCGAGAGCACGCCACAGAGCUCAAAGGCACAGAACGACCACUGCUGUUCCUUACCGGCGACAAGACUCGCGAUACGUUACCGAUCAAGCUCGCUGCUGCCGACUUGGCCCUCGAGCAGAUGCAAGUCUAUCAAACGACAGACUCGCCGAGAUUCCAAGACGAGCUUGCAGCUGCUCUACGUGAGCUCGGCAAGGACGAGCAGACUUGGCUUGCCUUCUUCAGCCCAUCGGGCGUCAGAGCUGUGCGAGCAACAUUAGAAUGUAGUCCUCGGACAGCAGUGGACCAGGCGAGUCUGAGAGUGGCCGCUAUCGGUCCUACGACGGAGGAAGCGCUGCGCAAGACAGACCUCUUCGAAGUCCAUGCGAUCGCGGACCAACCAGAGCCAGAAAGCUUAUUAGAGGCCAUGCAGCGCUACGAGUCAUAA